AUAAAGUCUCGCGAGGACGAGCACGAGAUCAAGUCGCGGACGGAGGAAGGCAAGAACAGAUCUUGACAAACGAAUAAAACCCAUUAAAAUGUCCGGGCGGUCCGUGCGAGCAGAGACACGCAGCCGAGCUAAAGAUGAUAUCAAAAAAGUAAUGGCGGCAAUUGAAAGGGUCCGGCGGUGGGAAAAAAAGUGGGUUACAGUGGGAGACACAUCUCUUCGGAUAUUCAAAUGGGUGCCUGUUACAGAGACAAAACAGAUAUAUAAACCCAAAGGGUCAGGUACUGCGGUGAGGGAAUUAAAGGGCUUUCCUACAGAUGUAGUAUUGGAAAAUGCUCGUUCAGUGCUACUGGAUUUUCAGGAUGACAACAGUAACCAGAGUUUCCUUUCGGAUGCCUAUCAGUCUAAUACAAAAGUGGACAGCAGUGGCAACUCCAGUCCACAGCAUGUCAGUGAGGCAGUGAGCCCGUCCCAUGUACCUUACUUCCGCACAGAGGAUUCUCAGCCACCCACUCUGGGACAGGAGUCUAUGGAAGCCGAGAGAGAGCCGUCAUCGUCCAGCAGUGAGGUCACAGAUGAGCCCCCAACUCUAAUUAAAGAAGAUAUGUUAUCUCUGUCUGCUCAGGAGGAUGAGGAGGUGGUUGGAGCCCCACCGCUUAAAAGAGUCUGCACUGAACAAAACUGAGUUAGCACCACAAUAUUAACAACGCAGGUCAAAUGUUUCAUGAAAUUUUCAGCCGAGACUAAACACAUUAAGAGACGUUUGUACAACCGGCCAAACUCAUGAAAGAUGCCUUUAUAUGAUCAACAAAUAAGCUUGCAAUGUUUGUCCAUAACAAGAUUUUACUUGCUAUUUUUCAGGUAUUUUCUUAUGAAGGUAAAGCAAUUUGUAAAUUGUAAAAUGCAUCUUUCUCAAUCUAUGAGAAAGAUCUUUAUCAUUAUAACACGUGUUAUGCAUGGAGUAAAACUUGGUAGACAGUAGUUUGCUGUUCAUUAGUUCAAGAUUUAUUUUCAUUUUAAUGACUUUUUUUAAGUGUCUCUUAAGAGUAUACUAAUAUUUGUAUCUCUUUUUUAGAGAUAUCUCUUUAUCGUAAAAAAAAAAAAAAAGAAAAAACACUUCAAUGCAUGCAGUUGUUCUUUUGUUUUCUUUAUUUGUCUGUUGCUUUUCAUUGUGCUGCAUCCAAUCACUGAACUUUAUAUUAUAAAAGGAAUCUUUUAUAUAUUGUAAAGUCACUCACAGAUUGUAUUUUAACUAUAAAGGUUUCCACUUUCAAUUGUAUUUGAAGUAUUUUUUAAAUACUAAAAAAAUAUUUUUGUAUGAUCCAUAUAGUGUUGCAUGGCUAAAAUGAACCUGGGCUUCUUUAAAGAACUGGCAGAAAUAAAAUCACUUUGGAUUUA